GAAUUAACAACGGCUCAGUUGCUGCGCCGCAGCCCAAACCGUGCUAGGGGUAAGCCUAUCGAGUAGAACACUACGGUAACAAUAUACCAAGCUUCUUGAUACCAGGAUGGUUUAAUAAAAUUGCAUCCUGUUCAUGCCUCAAUGUCGACAUUCCGUCCCUCGUCUUUCCAACUCUGAAGCAUCGCGCUCACCACUGUCCCUCACCAUCCACAAUGCUGUUCUCACAAUUAUGCCGGGCCGUAAUGUUCGGAAGAGGCAUUUCAGCCAUGACAAGUCAACAAGACCGGCUGCUCAAUCUAACCACAACCGUUUCCUCAGAAGCCCAGGCAGUAGAAACCGAAAGCAUUGAUCCCGCGCCAUGGAGUACGUGGGCGGACGGGGACUGGAAUUGGAGGCCGCACCUUGAAGCCAGCGAAACCGCAUUCGAUUCUGCAUCCAGUACCUCCAGGGCAGAUAGACUGGCCUCUGAACCCACUCCAGCGGCCCCAGCUGUCGAAACUAUACUGGAGGGAUUCUUCUCAUCCAUAUUGCCAACCGUACAUCUUGAGAUCUCGGCCACUGGCUGGGAAACAGAGGUAGGAGCGGCACCCACUGCUCCGAGGCAACAGAAUCUUGAGCCGCAGGAAACAGAAGCGUCGAGUGGGUAUAUCAUAGACGUAGCUCUGCCGCCCCCAAUUACCCAUAAUGGAGUCACCUUACGUCCUGUUCCUGUUACAAGUACCGCAACCGUGACUGUCGGCGGCGGCUUCUUGAUGCCCUCCGUAGUCGUGGACGUCCAGUACGCAGCAGGAUCCUCCGUGCUCCCCGUUGGCACCCCAGUGGUGAUCGAAAACGCCGUAAUCGAGUUGCAAACCGAUUCAUCUGGCUUCACGGUCCUUGUAGCAGACGACACAACCACCACCCUGUCCACGCAAACCGUACCAGAUGUCCAGGCAGCUGGGUCUACUACGUCUAUCGAGUUUGUCGAGUCCACUGAGUCUAUCAAGUCUAUCGAAUCCACCAAAUCUGCCGAGUCCAUCACAACCACGGCUCCCAUCCACAUCUCAACCACAGUCAUCGACGGCACGACGGAAUACGUAUUUGCCGGCCAAACGCUUGCUCCAGAUCACCCGGUCACAGUGGGAGAUAUACCGAUAUCGAUUGCUACCAAGGACGGGUCGACGGUCCUGUUCAUGGGCAAUCUCACGACUACUUUUGUUGGCGGGCGAGCUACGACGCCUGCUUCUGCUUCUGGGUCUGCAACAAUCACUACGAGUACGUCUGGCAGAGUGACGAGCUUGGACCAGAGACCUGCGAGUACAACAUCGAAUGCGAGAGGAUCGAAUAGCUUCAAUGGCGUUCUUGGUUAUGUUGCUAUGACCGCAGCAAUUAUCUUGUCGAUUUACUGAAACUGUUCGCGAGAACGUUGUUUCCUAGCAAGUGGGGUGAUGCAUAAGAACAGCGAUGGUUGGUACGACUCAGGCUUGAACGCCCUCGGAACUGCACGAGCGG